AUGCCACAAGCAUUCCCAUCAACAGUCGGUGGAUAUGCGCCACCACCAGGUCCGCCACCACCAUUAUCCAGUAAUUACAAUUACCCAUCACCAUUUCCACAAUCAACUGGAACUUAUCCACCACCUACUAGUAAUAACGCAGAACAUGAUCUUAUUGAGAUGAAUAACUCCAAAAAUUUAUAUGUUUUAUCAAUUCGAGUCGCAAAUGAAGUUAAAAAAAAAUAUUAUAACAGGGAUAUACCUGCUUUAAUAGAUAGUAGAAUAAAUGCAUUAAAACAAAUAUGGGAUGAUUAUGUGGAUUAUGAGUUAUCAUCGCUGAGAGAGUCAAAGCAACAUCUUGAAUUAGCACGUCAAGUCAUUAGAGAAGUCGAUAGUCGUACUGAUUCGGAGCUUUUUGUGGAAUACAAUAAAAAAAAUUGGGAGGAACCAUCAGAUUUUGUAUUUGAAGAUUCUGUCAAUCAUAGUAAUAAUGAUGAAUUAGUUGAUGACGAAAAUGCUAAAGUGUUUCUUAAUAAUAAACUUUCAAAAGCAAAGCGAAAAUUAUACACUUUAAUUCCUGAAAUUGAAACAAAAAGAAAACAUAUCGACGGAAUGGAUUCACUGAAAGAAGCAUAUGAAAAUAAUCCAAAGCUUGGUGGAGUUGAUGCUGUAACUGAUAAUUUACACGAGACAAUACGAGAAGUUACAAUAUUGGAAACAAUGAAGGCAAAAUAUCAGACUGAAGUGGAUUCCAUUGUUCAAGUGGUUGGUGAAUGUGGAUAUAAUUGUCAUGCAAAAUGUGAGAUGAAAGUACCGCCAACUUGCACAAAACAAAAAGGAGUAAUAAAAAGAGGGCUUGUAAAUAGUGGAACAUUUUCGUCAAAUACAAUAUCUCCUUGGGGAACUUUUUCCAGUGAAGCAUGGUUAGCAAAAGUAUUAUACGACUAUACUGCUGAUAGUGAGGUUGAAUUAACAGUAACUGCUGGCGAUAUCAUAACAGUUAUUGCACAAAACGAAGGUUUGGUUCCUGCUGCAUAUAUAGAGUAUCAAACAUUAUCUAGUGAUUUUGUUAAAGUUCUUUAUGAUUAUGAAGCUCAAGUACCUGAAGAACUUACAAUAAAAGAAGGCGAUGUUAUUGAAAUAACUGAUCGUAAUGUCGCUGAUGGUUGGUGGGAAGGUAAACUUAACGGUGUCACUGGUCAAUUUCCUGCCAAUUAUGUUACAUUAAUGGAUUGA